AUGGUUAUUCUCGUUAAUCAGAGUGCAGUUCAACUGAAAAAACAGUUAAAAGAUUCUAUAAAUGGCCUUGGUGUUGACGAUGAAAUGAAGAAUAAACUUAUUCAGGAAAAGGUUUGCUACUUUGGGUCUGCGAUUUCUGCUGCUAGAAAGUCUGUUCGAAAAUUUGAAACUUUUUCAAUGCUAUCAAUCCCGGCCAGCAAUUCCGAUUUUAUCACAACAUGGCUCAGAAGUAUUUCUGAUGAAAUCAAGUGAACCAGCUCCGCCGUUUUGUCGAAGUACAAAGGGUGCAUAUACUGUAGAAUGGUAUGACUAAAGGAAAAUAAGAAACACAUCUGGUUUCAAUUGCGAUAAAUACAGUUUAUUUUUACUAAGUCGCCCGAACAUUAACAAGAAAAAUAUUAACUUGAAAAACGUCUAAGAAUAACAAGUUAUGUAAAGUUUUUUAAACCUUGAAACUUGAAUUAAAAUGUAAUAGGCUACCAUACAGUUUACAGCAUAUUAAGGUUUUAAUUUUUGUUCAUCAUCUUUUUUAAGAUUCUUGCCUACAACAUGACCAACGCCAUAGUUAAGGAAAUCAAACUCGAACCUUCAUCGUAAGUUUCACAGUAAUGUAAUGAUAUUACGGGAACCACUGAGUAUUUUGAUAAAAUACAAAACAAUAGAUACUCCGAAAAUUGAAAGCAUUUUGAAAAUUUAUUUCGACGUUUCGACUAAACUAUAGAUAAACUAAACUAUAUUUAUCGCUUCGACUAAACUAUAUUUUUUUUCAUUCAUUUCCUGAUGAUGACUAUAGUUUAGUUGAAACGUCGAAAUAAAUUUUCAAAAUGCUUUCAAUUUUCGGAGUAUCUAUUGUUUUGUAAUGAUAUAGUAUAUAGAGGUACACCUGGAUAUGCACAAAAACAAACACGUGAAGUAUAUCUUUGCCAUGUGCGGAUUUAAUGGGGUUGGGAGGGUUAACCCCCUCCUCUCUAACCCCGCUUAUAAAGUGUUCAAUCCCACCAAAAUUUCGCUUCACCCCAAUCUCGUUCCCCGAGCCUGCGAUCUUCGGGAAGGAAUCGAAGGCUCUGGGAUAAUCCGUUACCGGUGUGACGCGAAAUUCCUGACUUGCGAAAUAUCUGACUAUUGUAGAACUGCCCAUGCGCAGACGAUGCGCAUGAAUGACUUUGGCUCAUAAAUUUCGCAACUGAACAGACAACACGUGUAUUUAUAAAGCCAUUUUAUUUAUACAUAAAUUUUCCAACAUUAAUUCUACAAUUGAUCAACUGAAUUGACACUAUACCACUGAUUGUGAACGUUAUAAUAAACCUUGAAUCGUAGAUAAGGAAAAAUCACUCGAAAAGCAAUCUUAGUGAUAUAAAAUAGACUCCAGUUUCAAAGGUUAUGCCGUAUAUGCAUUACUAUACUAUAAGCACUAAAAAUCGUUCGCGUUUGACCUUCUCACUAUUUAGUAAGCAGCAACGAUGAGUUCGAAGUUCAUGAGUUGGCCGUUUAGAUUUGGCGAUGUCUAUGCUAGAAACAUUUGGUAACAUCGCAUACCAUAUGGACUUAAAAAUCGUUUCGACCGACCGUAUUUAGCAAACGUCGUGUAUUUCGCGGUCACGACCACACAAUUCGCUUUGAAAUUUAAAGUGUUUGUGAUUGAAACUUAGCGAUGUCGAUUUGAAAUAUUUAACGAAGUAUUAGAAAUUAACAUCAUGAUUAUUUUAUCUAAACUCUAAAAAACAGUUUUGGCCGACUUAGAAUUUAGCAAGCGUCAUGUAUUUCGCGCCUGUACGCGCGAAAUUUCUGACCCGUCACGCUAGGUCAGGUAUUUAGCAGAGGUCAGGAAUUUCGCUUGACACCGGAAGCCAAGAAUCCUGGCUAAGAUUGAACUACGCAUUCCAUUUCAAUGGCCAAUCAGAUUCCUCCCUGAAGCGGAUUAUCCCAGAGCCUCGCGUUCCUUCCCGAGGAUCGCAGGCUCGGGGAACGAGAUUGGCUUCACCCCUCCUAUUUUGUGUGAAAGUCUUUAACCCUAACGCCUAACCCCUCAUGCCGAAGCUCGCUCAUUGGUGUCGCUUGCACCCCGCUAGAAAUUUUUCCACCCCUCCUUUUUAAAGAAUGAAAAUCCGCCCUUGAUCUUUGCAUAAAACAUUCCUCGCAGAGUAUUGUUUAAUACGUUACUCAUAAUCCCCCACGUAUACUCACACUUUAAAAACACUGGUAAAAUGUUCAUGGUUACCCUAUAGAAAUAACAUUUGGGUAAACUUGAUAUUCCUGCAUGGGUAAAUUUCGUAGCCAUUUGAACCUUUUUAACUUAUAGUGCUGGUUAAUUUAAGCAGAAGUUUCUGGAUAAAUUAUUUAUCUAUGCCUAUAACUAAAGAUAAGGGGUCUGUUGUACGAAAUAGCGGAUAGCGCUAUCCACCAUGCAGACAGUGAUUUUAAUCUCCCACAUAUUGACUGGAGCACUGGCGUUGCUAAAACCAGCUGUACAUGCAUGCAUAUUUGACAAAGUUAGUGAGAGAUCAUUAUCUAUGGCAAAUGGUAGAUUUUCCUACUAUAGAAAUGAAAACAUCCUGCAUGGAUUUGGUAUUAACAGAUACUCCGGUGAAAAUCCUUAUAAAUGUUUUGGUUUUGAUGAUGUACUUAGCACCGACCAUAAAAUUAUAAAUUUCAUCUCGAAUCUAAAUAUUCCUAAGAGGCCUGUCAUUAGACAGCUAAUUUAUUACUUCAAAAGUGCAAAUUGGAUUAGCCUUAAAGAAUGCCUUGCAAAUAUCCCGUGGGAUCUUUGUCUUUUUUUUAACCCAUCUUUGUCUUAACUCUGCGAAUAUUGACAAUUCCCUGUCAAAUUGGUGUGAUUUCUUUCUAUCAGCUGUUAAAGAAAAUGUACCGAUGUGUAAAACCAGAAACACUUACGUUCCCCCUUGGUUAGGUUCAGAAUUACUAAAUGCUAAUAAGAAAGAAAAACAAACAAGGGUUGAAAGCUAAUAAGUCAAAAUGUCCUGAGGAGAUAUUAAAAUUUAAACCGCUUCGGCGAGAAACAAAGAAAAUGUUCACGAUGAAAAAGAAAGCCAGCACAUGUAAAAUUAGAGAUUCUGUAUUCGAAAACCCGAGGCAUUUUUGGUCUUACUUAAAAGCCUCCUCCACACAGAAAAUUAGUCCAAAUAUCCUAAGGGAUGGGGGAAAGUAGUUACGGACUUUUGGGGAGAGAAAUUUUGUUCAAAUUUUGCUCCGCUCUCCAGCGAACAUCCACAUAUACCGUUCAGCCUUUUACAGAACAGCAGUUAUCCAAUAUUGAGUAUCCUAGAUAAUUGAAGCCCUGUGGCCCCGAUGAUAUUCCGACAAGACUACAGCUAGAGAUAUUGCUCCAAGCCUUUGCCGAUUGUAUAAUAUGUCUCUGUCACUUGGUCUUGUUCCUGCAACUGGAAAAAAGCUAAUAUCGUGCCUGUUUUCAAAAAGGAUGAUCGGAGGCGGGUCUCUUCCUUUAAAUUACAGACCGAUUUCCAUAUUGUGUAUAUUAUCAAAAGUACUAGAGUGCUGUGUAGCAAAUCACUCUAUCGCCAUCUGUCGCAGUUCCUCUAACAUUUCCAACAUGGGUUUGCACCUAGGUCUAUCGAAGGCAUUCGAUAAGGUUCUGCAUGACUUGUUGAUAGAAAAAUUGGAACGUUAUGGUAUCUCUGGUCCUUUACUUCAGUGGUUCAAGAGCUAUCUGGCUGAAAGAUAACAACGGGUAGUUUUAGAGGGUGCUUACUCUGACUGGUUAGUAGUCACCUCGGGAGUACCACAAGGAUCCAUACUUGGACCCCUUUUGUUAACUGUUUUUGCCAAUGACUUACCCGAAUACAUCUGUUCAGGAUCAAAUUGGCUCUUUUCGCAGAUGACUCUGAACUAUACAGAUCUCUUGAUUCCCCCAGGUCACAGACACUCCUCCAACAAGAUCUUGAUAGUCUUUAUAAGUGGAGUGUGGAUUGGAAAAGGGUCCCUAGUACAAUUUGGACUUAUUUUUUUGGGUGGAGAAUCUCAGGAGUGUGUGCCGUAUAUUAACUAGUAUAUAUCUCGUGAUUUAUAUUGGGCAGCCAUAUUGAGGAAAUGGUUUCCAGAGCAAACAAGAAACACGGUCUAGUGAAGAGAGUUUAUCGCGAUCUUACCGACUUUGACAUUAGAAAGCUUUUAUUCUGCUCUUUAGUUAGACCGCAACUUGAACACAGCUCCAGUCUAUGGUCACCAUCUACUGGCAAACAUUGGACCUUAAUCUAAAAUGUCCAAAGACGAGCUACGAAAUUUAUUUUAAAUUAUCCCCACGUGAAAUAACCCAUCCUGAUAGACUCAAAAUUUUGAGCCUUUUACCCUUACAAUAUCGAAGGGAACUAAAGGAUCUUAUCCUUUUACUCAAGUUUACAUCAUGCAGGGUAUAUGAACAUUGACUGUACUCAGUAUUUCAUUCCUACCGUGUUAGUCAUUAUUGAACCAAGAAACUUUGAACUAUAUUACAAAAUGACUACUUUAUACAGGAUUGUAAAAAUUGUUCGUCUCUUAAACAAACUUUCUUCUUACACAUCGCCAUAAUUAGUCUUUUUGCUUUUUAAUGUAAUUGCUACUGUAAUUGUCAGGCACUUCUGUAUGGGGGCAGUUGUCAAUUGGGACUUCGUCCUGUUACUGUCUCCUGUCACACAUUUGUUUUGUAAUUUGUUAUACGUGUAGUCCUAAUUUAUAUUGUAUUUGCAUGCGUGACAAAUUAAUUGUCAAAGUUAACUUUAGUAUUCAUAAAUUGAAGUUUCUAUUUAUUAAUUGUGAGGUCCAUAUCCGCAUAUAGUUUUCUAGCUUCAGUGAAAGCGGUAAAAAAUCGCUGAUAGCUACAUCCGCCGUUCGUAUACAACCGCCCCCAGAUGGAUAAAUUAGUUUGGUCGAUAAAUUAUUUUACUCCUCCAUACAUGGUCUGGUUAUUUUAACUUUUUUUAUUUUAUUUCUAUACUCCUUUAUAUGCAUGGUCUGGUUAUUUUAACAAGGGCGUCCAGCUCGACAAAUAUAACCAGAUUCCUGGUUACAAUUUACCAGUCUAUGGAAGGAAGUGAAAUAAAAUUAACCACGAAAUUUAACCAGGAAUAUUAUGUCAACCCAAAUAGUGUUAUUUCGAGGCCAAACAGGAAAUUUUAACCAGAGCGUUUUUAGAGUGCAGAGCAUGAUAGUUAUUCAUGACCAAAGCAAAGAAUAACAUUACAAAGAAUGUUUUGUUCAAUUUGUUCUAGAUUUGCUGGGAUAGUAAAGUUGUUGCUCUUGUUUCUGCUGAUUCCACUGGUUCUUGCCUACACUCUGUAUUAUAUUUAUAGCUAUAGCCUAUAAACUUACCUACACCGUUGACGAGAUAGGUAAACGAGGGUGUAUAUAUGCCGUUGGCUAACUAAGUUACGGCCAUAAACCUGCAUGCAUGUGGGUGUUACUAUAUGGCGUAGUUAAACGUGUAGCCUGUGUGCAGACUGUGUACGCUUGCAAUACCUGAUCAUGCCUAGUCCCCACGCGCUAAACAACUAACUACAGACUAAAUAUCAACGCCCCCUUGAACCUUUGCGUAUUGUCACCUUCAAUAUAAUUCAGAAAACUUGGCCUGAUACUAUUGUCACACCAACCCACGUUUUGGUUGGACAUGAUCGGACAUUAUUUAUAGAACUAUACGAGAAUGGUUGUGCAGUACAUUGGAUUGCAUACGAAAUUUGAAUAUAAAUUCAAUGUGAUAUAGAGACAGUAACGUCCCUAACGUCUAUAUUUUUCACGUAGUUGUAUCUCUGUCAAUCCGCAGCUGUCUUGUUAUCGUCGUUGCUCACACUGCAUGGCACCGACCGUUCGAAAUUGUUUAUUUCAAUGUAAUUAGCAAUUCAUUUAAUCAUUAAUUUACCUCAAAAAACCUCAAGGCCUGAUUCCACGGGCUCUUUCUUCGGCGCAGUGAAUUAGGUGCACAUGCGCAGUAAAGAUAAAUUAGGCUUCGGGAGAAAAAAAUUCGCUUCACCAGUGAGUAGUGGAAAAUUCAAUGGAAUCGCUCAUGUGCAAUUUCUUGCGAAGAAUUCGCCGUCGUG